AAUCAUAAUUAUCGACUUCGUGUUCUUCACUUUUCUUUUGCACGAAAACAAUAAUACACACAUCUCCAAUUCUCCAUCAACCCAGAUCCAAUUUCCUUCUCUUCGCUAGGGUUUGCUGUUUAAUUCCACGAACACAGACCCUAGCUUGCCGCCGUUCUUCGAUUCGCAACCCAAUUUUUUUUUAUUUUUUUUAAAUUUCUUCCGGCCGAAGAUAAAUUAGGCAUGGAAUUAACGAACGGCGGGUUGCAAAUCUCGGACGAAUUGCUGGGUACCUUCGCUCCGAUAGUAUUGUACUGGUUUUAUUCCGGGAUCUACGUGAUGCUAGGAUCGAUGGAGAAUUACAGAUUGCAUUCGAAGAAGGAUGAAGAUGAGAAGAAUUUGGUGCCUAAGAGAGAUGUUGUUGUAGGCGUUCUCCUUCAGCAAGUUGUUCAAGCUCUUGUUGCCACCAUUCUGUUUGCGGUCACUAAAAACGACACCGAAUCUGAAUCCAAACAAGCCCAACACCACACACCCCUUGUAACUCUCGUCAGACAAUUCCUAGUUGCAAUGAUGGUAUUGGACACGUGGCAGUACUUCAUGCAUCGAUACAUGCACCACAACAAGUUCCUGUACAGGCACAUACACUCCCAGCACCACAGGCUGGUUGUACCUUACGCAUUCGGAGCGUUGUACAAUCACCCGAUCGAGGGCGUGCUGCUCGAUACAGUUGGCGGUGCUCUGUCAUUCCUGGUUUCCGGAAUGUCCCCUCGAGCUUCCAUUUUCUUCUUCUCGUUCGCAACCCUAAAAACUGUGGACGACCACUGUGGGCUGUGGCUGCCAUGCAACCUUUUCCAGCUCUUCUUUAGGAACAACUCGGCGUACCAUGAUAUUCAUCAUCAGUUAUAUGGCAAUAAGUACAAUUUUUCGCAGCCGUUUUUUGUGAUGUGGGAUAGAAUUCUUGGUACUUACAUGCCUUAUAGAAUCGAGAAGAGAAUUGAAGGGGGUCUAGAGGCUCGGCCUGAUAAAGAUUCCAAGGUAAAUUAAUCGGGUUUCCUUUUAAUUACUAAAUUCAGCUCUCGAGUGGAUUUAUGAGUUGUAUAUACGUAGAUUUUUGUUUUGGGUGUUGUAUUGUGGAUAGAAGUAUUUGAUGAGGGAGAAAUGAAAGCGGAAGCUUUUUAUUUCGUGGAGGCUUUUGGUGCCCCGUUUUUUUGGUUUUGUGAUCUGUCGAUAGUAUUUGUCUGUAUUUUUAGCUGUGUUGAGGCAUUUUGACUGCAUAUGGAUAUUUCACUUGAGUUCCAUUGGUCACUUAUUAAAAUCCAAUUUGUUCGU